AGUGAGGUGUUGGUGUUGGUGGCGGUGGCGGCGGUGGCUGGCGGCCAGAUGUCAGAGCUCGACGCAUCCAGGGCCCUCCAGAUGUUGCAGCAUCUAGGGCUGGACCGGGGAGGGAGCCUGCCGACCGUCACCCAGGGCCACAAGCUCCGCCAGGGAGACUCCCCCAUCUACUACAUCAAGCUACCUCCUCUACCUUACUACUACGUCAACAACAACAACAUACAGCAGCCAGCCUACACCACAACCUCCUUCCCCUUCCAGAAGGUGGACCUGAACUUCACCAACAAUGGCCGACCAACUCAGAUCUACCACUGGGGUCAGUCCACCUCCAACCCCGACUUUUGGAAGCCUUCCCUUCCCUCCACCACCACAACCACCACUACAACCACCACUCCUCCACCCACCACCACCACGACCACUAUUGCUCCGACCACUACCACGACCACCAGACCAACAAAGAAGCCGUGGCUGACCCUCAACAAAUACUUCCCAUACAACGGACGACCUUCCAAUGUGUAUAUUUGGAAGCCUCGGCCCCCCGUCGCCGUUCACAAAUACAAACAUCCUUAUUUCAAACACUUUAACUACUAACAGACACAUCUAAAGCUACUUUAUUUCAAUGUUAAUUAAUUAGUACAAGCUUACAGAAUGGAAGGAACAAAAGCUAGCGCAUAAAAGCCCACAAAUUCCAAUGCCAGACCCUAAGCCUAAAGCCCAUCAUUCAGUUUAAUGGACUAAAGCCUCCGGUACAGAUGUUUAGGCUUCAUUUACAUAAGUGAUAAGUAACUACAAUCAAUAACAACAUUAGUUAUGUUGUAAAUGCUUAUUAAUGAGUUUGUAGAAGCUUGUUUGAGGCUUCGCUUCACAGCCGUACUUACUAUUAGAAAACCACUUUCGCUUCAAGGAAAACAUCUUGAAAUUUAGUUAACGAGUAACGAGGCUAGACUGCCAUACACAAAGGUCUACUCCAGCAACUGCUUCUUAAAAUUUAAUUUAAUAGUCGCUAAUAAAGGAUAGAUAUGUCAUGGGUCUCAUCAGCUUGAUUUUUGAGUACUGAAAGUUUCUGUACUCAAGGCAAAUAGAAAACGUCUAACGAACACCAGACGUUGGAUGCUAUUACUAAUACUAACGGUUGCUAGACGCGGGUUGUUAGUGCUGAUACGAAUGCUCGCUAGACGCUGGUUGUCUGUGCUAGAGUCGCCUCCUGUACAUGCCAGCACAACUGUAUAUAUUUUUAAUAGUUAAAAUAUAAACCCUAGAUUCCCUUGUUCUUUCUUCUUGGUAGCUCAUUUCAUGGCUCUCUGUUUCAUCUCUUGUAUAUGCAAACUAUGACUUUUUUCGAGUACUGUUAUAAUUGGUAGCUCAUUCCUUUAGACUGGUCGGUAGAGCAACGACCUUGUUUUUUGCGGGGUCUGCGUUCGAUCCUCGAUGACCCAAAUGAUUAGACAUCUUUUCUUUACUUCCUUCUCAUAUUCUAGCUCGUAUCCUGGCCUCAUUUCAGACUUAAGUGCUAUAUAGUCAUAUUAGAUUAGGGCUUUCUCCUCAUAACUAUCAGGGGAAAGCGCCAAGCCAUUACAAUUAUAUAGCACU